CAAAAGCAACCCACACGGCAGAGCUGAGCAAAGCAAAACAGAGGAGUGAGACAGAGCCGGAGAAGAUGAUCGUGUGCGUCGCCGUCGUUGGGCAUCAGAACAACCCUCUUUACAUACAAAGCUUCACUGAUGCCGAUGACGCCCUCAAGCUCCACCACAUCGUCCACUGCUCCCUCGACGUCGUUGACGAGCGAGUGAACAAUCCGAAGAAGUCGGGACCGACAUUGAAUGAGACAUUCUUGGGUCUGCUUUAUCCAACUGAAAACUACAAAGUGUAUGGUUAUUUGACUAACACCAAGGUGAAGUUUAUCUUGGUGACUACUGAUAUGGAUGUUAAAGAUGCAGAUGUCAGAAAUUUUUUCAGGAGAUUCCAUGCUGGGUAUGUGGAUGCAAUUUCAAACCCAUUUCAUGAACCAGGGAAAAAGAUAACCUCAAAAACCUUUGCUGAAAAGGUGGAAUUGCUUAUGCUCGUCUACUUUGUAUCACAACAUAAACAGAUAUUGCAUCACUUCAGUUGUAGAUGAAACCAAUGUUUCUGAAAUUUUUCUCCAAAUCAGAUACUGCUUUUCUAAUAGUGUAAA